AUGGAACCCGUGUUCAGCUUUUUUCAGCCGAUAAAUGACGGCCACCCGAAAACCUUGAGUUGGUCUCCAACCGAUGAGGGUGAAGGAGUGCCGAUAUUGAUUGGAAUGCCGGCUUUAUGGGUGAUAAUGGCCACUCAACAUCAAAUGAUCACCAAUCCGAUUGCCUAUCAUCAAACGAGAAAGAUUUCCGGUUUAACUCAAUAUCUCAUCCAAUCAAAGCAGCUAUCCGCAUUUUAUCUCCGUUCUCCAAAAGUUUCCUUUCAACUUUAUCGAGUCAAGUUGAUCAUCACUGUCAAUGAACUCCAGAAAUCGAUUUUCUUGAGCCUAUCGGACUAUUUUAUUCCCUUAGCUCUAGAAGACAAUCCAUUUCUUUGUCUAAGCCAGAAAUGUUGCUUUACAAACUUUUUAUGCAAAAAUUUCCGCUAUCGAGUGAGUGUGGCAUUCUUGAAGGAUUUUCAAGCACCCGGGUUUGGAUGGGAUUCAAUGGAAAGGGUUUCUCAUGAGAAAUUUCGCGAAGAUCUCCGACAAAGGCUUUUGUUUCAAUGGGGGAACUAUAUUUCAGAGAAUGGAUGCCCGACGAAUAAAUCAGGUUUACGCUGGGAUCUCCGGAGUUUGUUGAUGAUCUUCUAUGAUUGGGAAAAGACUUGUGUUGAUGGGAGUCACUUUAUGGCGCCCACAGAAGUCGCUCACCGAAUCACGAAGAAUGAGGUGCAUGGAAAAGAAUUGAUUGUA